AUAUCAUUGACAUCUCUAACUGUCUAUUUUUGUUUUGAUUUUUGUGUCUGAAAUGCAGCCGAAUAUUCGAGUUUCAAUGCACAAAUACCUCAACUGGCGACAAACGCAUCGAAAGUAGAGACCGUGGACAAUUCUGUGACACUCGACUCAUGGCGUUCGGUAGCAAUAAUCAAGUUGUUGCACUUGGGGACCAGGAAAUGGCCCUUGCAGGUGUUCUGGUCCCUGGUCUUGCAGCCACCACCACAGCGCGCCCUAGGAAGCGCAAACAUUCUGCCGGCGAGCCGACGGCUAAUGAAAAUGCCAUGGAUGUGGAUGGAAACGAAAUGAACUACUUUCUGGGUCGUCAUGCCGGCUACCCCGACGAGCUGAACGUACUCAUCAAGCCAAUGCGCUGUGAGUUGUGCAAGGCAACGAUGACAUCGUGCAAGAGCGCUGAGGACCACUACUACUCCCGGGGACACGAUCGCCAAGUGGCCGCAUGGAUUACCAAGACCUAUCCGGAGCGUGGCUUACAGAUGACACCUGGUCGCAUUGGCACAACUGCGUACCACUGCAAAGUGUGCGAUCUGUCCUUGAGCUCUGCGUCCCACGCCCGUCAGCACUAUGGCGGCCGCAAGCACAAAUUGGUAGAGUCUAAGUUCUCGCGGACAUCGGACACAUCCGGUGGCGAUUGGGUGCGCACAGAUACGAAACUUAAGGAUUUAUCCUUCCUGAACGACAUAGCGCGCUCAGAGCUGCCCGCGGAGGAGCCCCUGGCCCUAACACUUAAUCAGGCAAAUCGUCCAGCUGUAGUCGAAGAGAACGCUGAGGCUAGUCGCAGAGUGGAGUGCAGUCUUUGCCAAAUUAAAGUUACAUCUUCAGGGCAAAUGGAAAUGCACGUGAAGGGAGCAAAGCACCAAAAGAAUCUACGCAAAAUGAGCAUGGAGCCGGACAUAGAGAUGGACGCGGCACCCGACGUCUCCGAAGGAUCGAUUGCGGCCAGUCUGGGUGAGGAGUUGUCGGCUGCGGACCAAUCCAUGUACCGCACACCAACCGGCGGCUACUACUGCGAGCCCUGCAAGAAGCUCAUGAACCAUGCGACGACCCUUCAACAGCAUCUGUGCGGCAAGAAGCACUUGAGGACUGUGCGUCUGCAUGCUGAACAGUCUAGUCAAUAAUUAAUGAUCUCAUUAACAAAAUAUUGCAAUAUUUGAAGCAACACAGUUGUACUACUUGGACCAGGAUAUGGAAACCGUACCCAAGUAGCAUCUUGAAGAUGGAUAAGUAGGAGCUCCAUUUCCCCUUUGCAGACUUCAUUCCAGUGUGUGUUGCUGUACACAGUAUUACCAUUAAAAUAACCCAAAUACCCAUACCAAUGUC